AUGAGCGACAUUAGCCCACUCAGCGAAGAUGACCUCGCAUUCCUCGCGUCAUACCUCCCACCGUCAGCACAACGAGUCACAAAGACGCAAGAGUCAGACGGCACAACGUCCACAAUCAAAGAAGGAGAAAUUCCCUUUGUGACCUUGACGUACGCAUCCUCUCUCGACAGCAUGAUUGCCCUGGCACCAGGCGCCAGAACAACACUAUCUGGUCCCGAGACGAAGAGCAUGACCCACUACCUCCGACUGCACCACGACGCCAUCCUCGUGGGUGCCGGCACCGCCGUGGUGGAUGAUCCAGGAUUGAAUUGUCGCUACCCUGGUGCGACGCUGCAGACGCAGCCUCAGCCAGUCAUCGUCGAUCCGAGAUGUCGAUUUGAGGUGAGCUCGAGUGCGAAGGUCUGUCAGCUCGCGGCCGAUGGGAAGGGCAAAGCCCCGUGGAUUGUCUGUGUGGAAGACAAUGGGAAACCGGAGAAUGACCUUGCGCGUAACAUCUCGAUCAAGACCGACAUGGCUGCAUUGCAAUCUUCGUCCGAUUCACAGCAAAUCUCUAUGCAGUGGCUCGACAUCCUUCGAGCGCUAAAGGCAGAGGGCAUGAAUAGCGUCAUGAUCGAAGGCGGUGCCACGAUUAUCAACGCGCUUCUACUCCUGCCAAAUGUCGUAGAUGCGGUCAUUGUAACUAUUGCGCCGACCUGGCUUGGGCGUGGUGGUGUAAAUGUAUCUCCCGCAGCACAGUCACGCGGAGGUGAGAGUACGAAUGCCGCCUGGCUGCGACAAACGUCGUGGAGACAGUUCGGUAAUGAUGUUGUUCUCUGUGGGAGGCUCGGUGAUCGGGACACAACAACGUGA